AUGGUCAGCACAACAUUGACAACAAUUGCUGCUGCUCCGGGACAAACAACAAGUGGCAUUAACAAUUUGCAUUCAACAACAGCAACAGCAACCUCCGGUGGUGCAUCACCCGAAAGACGUUAUCACAACAAUACAAAUAACGCUGCCAGCAGUGAGGCCACAAAUCGUUCGAUAUAUUAUCAGACUAAUAGUAGAGCAACGACGUCCGGCAAUACCAAUACAACAACAAACUCCUCGCCCAACAACAAAGCCAACUUACGUUCAUAUUAUUACAGCAGCAACAGUAAUCGCCUAAAUGUCAAUAAUGAUGGUGGCUAUAGCAAAUUGAAUGGCAACGAUAGCGACAGUGCAACGGAACAAUCCCACAACCACAACCUAGCAUUCUAUCAGAGAGAACAACAACAACAGCAGCAUCAUCAGAAAUAUUUGUCGAACGGUAAGGUGAAUGGUGAAACCACAAAAGCCGAAACAGCCAAUACCAACACCAACACAACCACAACAUUAGACUUGUCACAAGCUUUGGUUAGCUCCUCACCACCGAUAAGUGAUCAAAUUUCACUGCUCUUCCCCAAGUGUAGACCAAAGUCAUCGUCGUCAUCGGCGGCGGUUAGUCAGCACCAGUCCCCGGGCUCAUCGCUGGAACAGUCGACAAUAGAUGCUAAUUCGAAUUGCAACAAAGACGAUCAAUUGAAUAAUUCAUCAUCGACGGCAGGUUCGAAAGGCCAGAAUCGCUAUACCACCAACAACAAAGUUGGCUACAACAACGGCAACAACAAAACUGAAGCGAGUGACAACAACAAAGAGAAGUCUACGAACAGUCAUUAUUAUCGCAGUGUGAAUAUCAUUACCCAGUCACCACCACCGCAUAGUGCUUCGUCGUUAUCGUCCGAAUCUUUGUCAUCGGUGACACCAAGAAUCUCCACAAAUCCAUUUCUCUGCAAUCAAUUGUUGACACCCGAAGAGGUGGACGAGCCACAUCGUGAUCUCAGCGAGGACGGGAACAAAUCACGCCGCGAUAAUACCCACAACGAAGACGACGAGUUACCCGUGCCUAUUACCGCACCAUUUUACUAUCACACCAACACAAGUCCCAAGACCAAAACUCCACGGGAGAAGACUCAACGCCAGCAUAACGACACAGAGAUACGCGAAAUGCCACGAAAACGCUCACAAUAUGAGCGGUAUCAUCACAUGAAUGGUCAAAAUUAUCCCAAUGAGAAGCCGUAUAAUCAUGGGAUGUCCACAGCGGAUUCUAACCCGCAAAAUGCACAACAAAAUGGCCAUCCAAAUCAAAAUCCAUUUGUAAAGGACAACUACUGGGAGAAUUCAAGACAAACAACUACAACAACGGCGACUAAUAGUAACACCACACCCACAAGUACGGUAUUAAAUUCACCCGAAUAUGGCGGGGGCGGCAAUGGCCUACCGGAAAUGGAACAUUCCCAACGUUCCCAACAUCGUCGUUCCAUGUAUCAACAAGACCAGUCGGGACAAGGGCAGGGUCAGACCACGCAACAGCAACAACAACAUUCAAACCAAACUCAAUCCUCAGCCUACAUGAACGCCAGACAACACAUACGUCUGGGACGUAGCCCCAACAGCGAGUCGACAUAUUCGGAAACGACACAAAAACGCAACAGCUACAAUUCGGCACAAAAUCAGAAUUCUCUCGGACAUCAAAAUGCCGGUCAGAAGUCGUAUGCAAAUUCUGAAACUGGUGGCCUCAAAACACUUGCCCAACAUUACUUGUAUGGCAGCAAAACAUCACUGCAGGAUCAUGAUUCCUCACACCGGGAAUGGCCGGAGAAACGUGAAUCACAUGAACGUUCUACGGUGUUGAUGCGUGAACGGGAACGAGAACAGCGUGAACAACGUAGCAAAACUGAACGUUAUAUAAAUGCCGCUUUGGUCCGUGAAUCGGUGGGUGAACCAAAUUCUCCAGCAACGCUCGAGUUACGCGAACGUCGUGAACGUGAUCGUCAAUCGUAUCCUCAGUCGCAGUCACAAAUGCAAAAAUAUCAGCAGCAACAACAACAAAAAUCUUCACAUCAAUAUAGCCAUCAACAGAGGUCGUCUCAGCAACAACAGCAGCAACAGCAUGUUCAACAGCAACAUAAUCAAUCACAUCGUCAAUCAAUGAUCGAUGAUCGUUUGUCCAGUACCAAUGAAGUGAUAUUCGAUGAUAUAACCGAAAGUUGGCAGAAAUAUGAAGGUUCCCCACGACGCAUUGGUCAAAUGGGCAACAAUAAUGGCAACGAUGAAGACCACUAUCAUAAUCAACAGCAUCGGACAAACAGCAACAACAAAAUGCAAGGGAAUGCCACGAAUAAAGCCAAUCAUCACAGGGACGCCAUUUCCAAUAGCAAUAACACCACUACAUCGGCAACAGUUGUAGCUGGUGCAGCAGCAGCAUCAGCAUCAGGCAAUAUGUCAAAUAAUUCACCAAAACAACAUUAUACAGCAAGACCAGGGUUUCCACAGCGUAUCAUAUCUCCACAACGUGAGACAACACCACCGAUUAUGCUGCUAAAUUACAAUGGCAAAAGUCAACAACAACAGCAGCAGCAACAACAACACCAUCACCAACAACAAUUGAAUUCACAACAGCAGUCUCCAACUAGGGACAACAAUGCCGAAGAUACCAGCAAUGAUGUAUCGGAAAUUGGCACAAUCUCUGACCUGACAACGCCAGAGGCUAUUAUCCAUCCAGCCGGGACAGGCAUGCUUACUGGAAAUGGCAACGGUGCUGCUAUAUGCGAUAGUCGUGCCACCACAACACCAUCGCCACCACUGCCUUCUAGCUCCCAUCUGGAUAUGGAGACAACAGGCGCAUCGAUAUCGGCAUCAGCCACUGCAACAACAACAACAGCAGCAGCACCACCACCAACUGCCACAACAUCAAUGACGGUUAGUUCCAAAUGCAGUACGCCAUCAACGCCACCCAAUACAUUGGCAACAACAAUGACAUCGCUGAAUAAUAUGGCCGCCUCAACAUCGCCAAGUGGUGUCAAUGUAUCGACGGCAGCACCGACAACAACAUCAACAACAACAGCCUCGUCCACAUUGUUGCCAUCAAAUAUUGUCAGCAGUAAUCCCUUGACUAUACCGACCAAGUCAUCAACCUUUGAUUACCUCUAUGAGUUCUCAGAAACACGCAAGGUGCUCGAAGAGUUUUUCAAGUGUCCCUCCAGCGAUGACAAGCCCAUCAUUGAGAAUAGCAGUGACGUCGAUAGCAUUGAUAUACAAUAUGAAUUCCAUAGCAAUCUGAAUCGCGGUGACAUUGAAGAGGAUGAGGGUGAUGGUGAUAUUGAGGGCGAUGACGAUGAUGAUGAAAUCCAAUUGGAUGGUGACAAUGAUGAGGAUAUUGAUAACGAUGGUGAUGAUGAUGUUGAAACGCCACAACACCAUCAGCCGCCAACACAUUUGGGACAACAUCAAAUGCACCAACAACAACAACAGCAACAACAUUCUAUGCAAACACAAAACAACCAUCAUGGCCUAAAUCAUCAUCAUUCCAGUUUUCGCAAUCAUUUGCAAUCGCCAACCCAGUUCACUUAUCGUCCCUAUAACGAAGAUGAAGAUGACGACGACAUGGAUCUGGACAAUGAGGCCAGACACAAUGACAUGCAACACCAUUAUGAACAGCAGCAGCAUCACAACAGCAGCAACAAUACUCGCCAGCACAAUUCGAGGCGUCAUUUUACCGGCAGCCCAUUAAUGCGCGACUUUGAUUUCUUUUUGGACUCGGCCAGUCGCAGCAGUUGUGAACAAAUCGAUCAGCAAAUCGACGGCAUCAAUCAUAAUCAAAUGAACACCGGCAAUCGACAAAAUUAUCGCUAUUCACCGGAGACAACAGAUUAUGAUUCGAAUUGUGGUGAUUUAGAUAGUCUUUCGGGUGAAAUGAAUGGCGGUGUUUCAACCUCAUGUUCCAACUAUGCUAAAUACUAUGCAUCCAGUAUGCCAGUUCUUGAGGAUGGUCUAUCAUCGGGCCACACAUCCGAUACCGAAAAUAAUAACCAAAAUAAUCUAUUGAAUCAACAAAAUUCCGGUAUUCAUCAUACACCACUGGGUGGUGGCAUUUCUAUGUUGAUGGACAUGAAGCGGGUCUCGACCAACAACAGCAUUAAUAGCAUGAAUAAUACAACAAUUUCAACCACAGAUGGUAUGGGUGGUAGCAUCAGUGCCGGUGGCAGUGUUGUCGGCAAUGACAAGUGCCGCAAUACAACAAUGUCACCGAAUUUAUUACACGAUUCGUAUAUGCGUAAGAAUGAUAGUCCCAUAAAUGGUCUAAUGAUCGAUGAGAAUAUUCGAGACGCGAAUUCAACAAAUACAACAACAGUGAGAACUAAAAAUGAGAUACGUGAAAGGGAAAUAAUUGGACAAAGUCCCAAUGGCAUAAGCAAUAAUAAAGUAUUCAAGAAUAUUGAUCCGGAUCUUGAUUCACUUUAUUCGAUAAGUGUUUUCCAUCGCAAUGAUAUGGUGCAAAUGACACCACCACCCCCAGCACCGGCUCCACAUCGUAAACCAAACGUGCUGUCAGCGGAACCGGAUAUUUUACAGCCAACACCCUAUCGAGAUAUGCGUUCAGGUUCGAAUAACACAAUUUCACCUACAAAAGCCAACAACACUACCAACAUCACCACCACAACAACAUUGAACAAUGGCAACAGUAGCAACAAUAGCAGCAGUGGUGUUGCUGCAAUGCAAUCGAACACCUCGCCGACUCAGCAAUCAGCUCAAAGCAUAAAACGUACCGCACAGUCGCAACAGCAGCAGCCACAGCAACAACCACCACCAUUGCCAGAACGUAAUGCACCGGCACGUUCACCAUCGCCUGUGAUGAACUCCCCAGUCUGGUUGACACGUCACCUGGAGGUUAAUUCACAAAAAGGUCUCCUCGAAUCACCCUCGGCAAAUCACUCAAAAAAUCUAAGUGCCGAUGAAGAUGAUGUCGAUACCGAUUUGGAAACCGAUCGCCUAUUGGGCCAUCAACGACUCGAUGACCAAGGUUACUAUGAUGAGAACAAGACAUGGGACCGUAAACCAUCGAGAUCUCUACUCUCGAAAAUCUCUCCCAAACAGGUGCCAAGCACCAAAACACGUAACGGUUACAAUGCCUUGUUAUCCUCGACACCGGAAAUCCCACCGCCAGUACCGCCGAAAAAUUCCUCCAACAAAUUACUGGACAUAGGUGGUUCAAUGUCGUCACCCGAACACAGUGACAAAUCACCCAUUAAAUCGAUUGACAUACAGGAUUGUGGCCUCACGUUGGGUUCGCCAGGCGGUUCAGAAGGUUCGGGUUGCAUGAAAAAAGAUCUGGACAAUGGUGUUGGUGGUCCGACGAGUGGCAAUAGCAGUACAGCGAGUGGCAAUAUUGUCAAUAGUGGAACGGGCAAUGCAGGUGGUACCGGCAGCAGUGUCGGCUCCACGGGCAGUACUACCGGAGAGAAAAAAGUUAAAAAGAGUAAGAACAAAGAAGGCGGUGCAGUGCUUAUCGAAGGUGUCCUAUUUCGAGCCAAAUAUUUGGGCUCAACCCAACUGGUGUGUGAAGGUCAACCCACUAAAUCCACACGCAUGAUGCAGGCCGAAGAAGCCGUGUCAAGGAUUAAGGCACCCGAUGGCGAUGUCCAACCCAGCACUGAGGUGGAUCUAUUCAUAUCCACCGAAAAAAUUAUGGUCUUAAAUACCGACCUCAAAGAGAUCAUGAUGGAUCAUGCACUGCGCACAAUUUCCUAUAUAGCCGAUAUUGGAGAUUUAGUCGUAUUAAUGGCCCGCCGCAGAUUUGUGCCUCAGGACAUCGAUGAUGCCCCCAAACCGAAUCGAACACCCAAAAUGAUUUGUCACGUUUUCGAAAGUGACGAAGCCCAAUUUAUAGCCCAAUCGAUUGGGCAAGCCUUCCAGGUGGCCUACAUGGAGUUCCUUAAAGCGAAUGGAAUUGAAGAUCAUCGUUUUGUUAAGGAAAUGGACUACCAGGAGGUGUUGAAUAGUCAAGAAAUUUUCGGCGAUGAAUUGGAAAUUUUCGCCAAAAAAGAAUUGCAAAAAGAGGUGGUGGUGCCCAAGGCGAAAGGCGAGAUACUGGGUGUGGUUAUUGUCGAAUCGGGUUGGGGUUCAAUGCUGCCGACCGUUGUUAUAGCAAAUCUAAUGUCCUCGGGUGCAGCGGCACGUUGCGGCCAAUUGAAUAUCGGCGAUCAGCUGAUUGCCAUCAAUGGUUUGAGUUUGGUCGGUUUGCCGUUGUCCACGUGUCAGACUUAUAUCAAAAAUACCAAAAAUCAGACUGUAGUCAAAUUCACCGUGGUGCCAUGUCCCCCCGUGGUGGAGGUGAAAAUCAAGAGACCCGAAACUAAAUAUCAACUUGGUUUCAGUGUACAAAAUGGUGUGAUUUGUAGUUUACUAAGAGGCGGCAUAGCUGAGAGAGGUGGCGUCAGAGUUGGCCAUCGUAUUAUUGAAAUAAAUAACCAAAGUGUAGUGGCUGUACCUCACGAGAAAAUUGUAAAUCUAUUGGCCACUUCGGUUGGUGAGAUUCUAAUGAAAACAAUGCCUACAUCAAUGUUCCGCCUGUUAACCGGUCAGGAGAAUCCAAUUUAUAUAUAAAUAAGAAAAUAUAUUAUUAGAAAUA